CAGCGGCGGAGGAUUCCGAUGAGCUCUCCCUUUGCCGACUGUUCCCGGGGUUUUCUUUCUUUCCCUUUUUCGUCUUUCGCGCCUUGCCAUGCCCUGAUUCAUCCCGUUGUUCCGCCUCAGCUCCUCCGUAGUUUCGGCGGAGCAGAGGCGGGGACGGCCCGCCGAGGAUGGGGAAGUCACGGAAGCUCCUCCGGUCGUUGGGUUCGAAGCAGAAGGUAGGCCCAAAGAGGAGGGAGAGGCCUCUCCCGGCGGCUCCUAGCAGCAACGUUAUCGCGUCGACGGGCGGGAAAGGGAAGAAGAAGACGGGAGCACGGCUCUGGAUGAGGUUGGACCGGGCCGGCCAGUCGGAGAUCAUCGAGUGUGAUAGGAGCGAGAUUAUGAGGCGUGUCGCUAUCCCCGCGAGGGACUUGAGGAUUCUUGGGCCCGUGUUUUCGCAUUCUUCCAAUAUCCUGGCUAGAGACAAAGCAAUGGUUGUCAAUCUGGAAUUCAUCAAGGCCAUAGUGACUGCUGAAGAAGUCCUGUUGCUGGAUCCUCUAAGUCAUGAAGUUCUUCCAUUCGUAGACCAACUCCGUCAGCAGUUCCUUGUUAGAAGCACUUACCAGAAUCAUCUUCUGGGAGUAGAGGAAAAUGAGACGCCCUUUUGUGCUGGUGACCAGUGGCCGUGUACCCCAGAGGCUGCGGAAUCUUUGGAGUCCGAGCUUCCUUUUGAGUUUCAGGUGCUUGAGAUUGCGCUGGAGGUUGUGUGUACGUAUUUGGAUUCGAACGUUUCUGAUCUGGAGAAAGAAGCUUAUCCUAUACUUGACGAACUAGCUAGGAACGUUAGUACCAAGAAUCUAGAGCGAGUGCGCAGCUUGAAAAGCAAUCUUACACGAAUACUUGCGCGGGUUCAAAAGGUUAGGGAUGAACUGGAGCAUCUUCUGGACGACAAUGAAGACAUGGCAUAUUUGUACUUGACAAGGAGGAAUGGACAAAAUCAACAGAUAGAAUCAUCAAAUAAAGCAAGUAACCUCGAGAUCACAUCUGAUUUGCCUCAUGAUAUUUCAAACAACCAGUACAAUGGAAGCUUUAUUGCCAGCACUCAUUCUGAUAAUGAUGAUGUGGAAGAUCUUGAAAUGUUAUUAGAAGCUUAUUUUAUGCAGCUUGAUGGAACACGUAACAAAAUACUGUCUGUUCGUGAAUACAUCGAUGACACAGAGGACUAUGUGAACAUUCAACUUGAUAAUCAGAGAAAUGAACUUAUUCAGCUCCAGCUAGUAUUGACCAUAGCUUCUUUUGCUAUUAAUAUUGAAACUCUCAUAGCUGGCUUAUUCGGGAUGAAUAUUCCUUGUACAUUGUAUGAUAUACAUGGCAUUUUUGGUCCCUUCGUUGGAGGCACUUCGGCUGCAUGUGUAUUGCUUUUCUUCCUCAUUCUGGGUUAUGGCAGAUGGAAAAGAUUGAUUGGUGUAUAGCUACUUUAUUUUCCAAUAAUAGUAUCAGUGCAUUAUCCAUGUAUCUUCUGGCUGCACGGUGGAGCGACGAUAAAGCUACGAAUGUGGGAAUUGAUUGAUAAACUGAAGGUGUAUUUUGGCAUGGGAAUUGAUUGAUAAACUGAAGGUGUAUUUUGGCAAGCUUGCAGCUUGGAUGAUGUAUUAGGAGAUGUGGAGGGAUUUGGUCCUUCCAGGUUUCGUCGUUAACACAGCAAUUCUUGAUUCUUGAGACUUGCUUUAGUUGUCCGCAAAGAAUCUGCGUCCAACUUUGAUGGUUGCAUGAACAAAUGUCAAGCGUGGGCGUUGAUCCGUCCAUGAAACUUCCAGUCUUCCAUUCAGAGGAGCUCAGAUGUGGCAAAUAGUUGAACUUCUGAUCUGAAAUUCGAUGCUGCAUUUUUCUAUAUCCUUAAUAAAGAUAGGUAGAUGGAACAGAGGAUUGAAUCAGAAAACAUCGGAAAGCCGUCCCGUAAUAAUGGGUGGUUUCGUUGGGCAUGCUAUUCCUUCUUUUCUUUCUUUUUGUGGGGGUUUGUUGGUGGUGGGGGGAAUGGCAUUUGUACCGACUUUUAGAUUGAGUUUGAAUGAGAAAGA